CCUGCUCACUUUAUCUGUUUCAUAUUCUUUCAGACUCGACACUCUUCUGCCGUUGUUUGAGAACUUGCAGACUCAGCAUGGAGAACAGCAAGCCGGUGAAGGAGGUGCUCCCCCUGCCUCGACAACCCGAGACUGACUCAUCCUCAUCCUUGUCUGCUGAGACUCUGGCUAAUGCUCAAAAAAGGCAAACUGAAUCCUUGCAGCACAUUUACACAGCCUCCUCAGUGAUGACAUCGUUCACUCAGCUGAAGCCUCCAGAGCACGAUCAGAAUCUGAUGUCCCGCGUGAAGUCCAUCAAGUCCCUGAGGCAGGCUGGAAUCACGGCGACUUUGUUCACUGGACAAAUGAGAAAGUUAUCUGUGGUUCCGCCGGAGGAAUCAAUUGCGGACAUGAUCCUGGCCGACAUUGAGGCCCUCGUGCCCACUCACGACGAGGCCGGGCGCCCCAUUGCCGAGUGGAAACGUCAGGUUAUGGUGAGACAGAUGCAGACCCGACUACAGGAUGAGGAGGACCAGAGGAGAAAGGAAUCCACGAGCCGCCUGCGUGUGGACAGCUGGAGGUUCUCCAAGACCCAUAAUGCCGUCUUGGGGCCCUUUGGGGAGCUUCUAACUGAAGACGACCUGCUGUAUCUGCAACAGCAGGUCGACAACGUGUCCCUCCAGAAGCGUCAGCAAGCCUACGAGCUGGAGCUCACCAGGUUAAUGGAAGAAUUGAGGUCCGUGUUACCAGACCAGAUCAUGAACAUCUCCCUGAACAAAGAGGCUUUGCAGCAGAUGGACAAGGAGGCAUGCCGAGCACUGCCGGUCUGCUGUAGCCGAGUCUCAGAGUUAGUCAGGACUAUGUCGCUGUUGGUGGCCAACCUGACGCAGACCACCGAGAAUGGAGUUGAGGGGACCACUGUGGAUGGUACAAUGAAAAGACCACUGGGGGCAAGUGAUGGUCUGGAAGUAGACCUUGGCCAGAAAAUCAAGAGGGAACAGGUGGAAAAAGAGAUUCGUCAGUCUGGGGUGUCUGUCAGAAUUCUCAGAGCCAAUUUUGAGGGUAAGAUUGGUGGCAUUUAUCCCUUUGCUGGGGUGGUUCCAGGUAGCCAGGCCUUGAGGAACCAAUUAGUAUCUGGAUCAUCAGGGAUGAACAAGCUAAAUUGUAACACAAGGUUCAGUGGAGGUCCUACCAAGCAUUUACCAGUGAUAGAGACCACUAGUCUCAGGAAAGAGCGCAUUGUAGUUCUGUUCUUGAGUCACUGGAAAAAGUCGGCUUACGCUAUUUCUUUGCGGGCUGGCAUGCGGGAUGCCAAAUCAGAACAAGGCCAUCAGAGAAUCCCGUCUUUGUUUCAGUUCUGCCAAAAGCGUGGCGCAGUAGAUAAAAUGUUGACUUCCUGGAGGAAUAAACUCCAAAUGCGUGGUGCUACAACACGCCAUUUGGCAUCGUCCCAAAGUCAACUCCCUGUGUACUCUCCAGAGCAAUUCCUACCCGAGGUGGAUGGCACGGUUGUGAGCCACGAUAGCUUGACGUUGGACCUCUUCAUGCUGGGAUACUUCCACAUUUUGGAGCAGGAGUUGUCCCCAGUUGAGAGGAAGAUGAGGCAUCUGCUCUGCUUCGAAGUCUUCGACCAUGUGGGCCGUUUCCCCUGGGAGAUGGUGAGGAAAUUCCACAAGGUUGUUCUCCAGGAAAUCAGAACCGGGAAGCGACAUUGGAGCGAUGGCUUUGACGACAUCAAACUACGCUUCUUCGGUCAAUCGGAACCCAAGUCAGAUACGGGGCCAGUCCCUUUGCUUGCAGUUCCCAGUGCUUUGCCAGAUGAGGGCGGCAGUGCUGCAGAUUUGUCCGGCUUCAACAACGAGGAUAUUUGUGAAUUUAUUGAUCGUAGCUUUACUUUCUGGAAGGAGAAGGAAGCGGAAAUCUUUGAUUUUGAAAGGUAG